AUGAUAGCGCGCAAGUACGAUGCGAUCGCGCCCGAGAUUCGGCAGUACCUGCGCGCGACGCUCACGCCUCUGAUCUCCAUAUUUGCCCACGCGAUGCACAUGCGCCGCCUCCGCGCCUUUCUUUGCUGGCGCAUGCAUACGACCAAAGCCGCCGUGUGCGCUGCUCAGACACUCGUCGUCGAUCGCCUUCGCCUCGUCGCGCGCGGGCUUGUUCGCGCGCGCCAGGCCGAGCAAAUCACCGCGCGCCUCUCUCGCGUCCUCAUACGGUCGAGGAUGAAGCAGCUUUUGCAUGGCUUUUUGCACUGGAAGGUCGUCGUGACGCAGUAUGCUCAGAUCGCGUCAUAUGCGCCCGAGUACAUGCACUGGAUCGCGCAGCACCCGACGCACUUGCCGUUGCUCCAAGUGCGUGAUGCGCUACUUCAGUGCAAGGCGACGCUGCUACUCCGUGCGGUCGCUCGGUGUCGCCCGUGCCGCCACGCGUGGCACAUAUGGAAGCGAGUAACUUGGAGCUGGCCCGUAAUGGCGCAGUGUCUCCAGCGCCUCCAUCUCGCGUUCCUCUUGCACCGAUGGCGGACGUAUGCGCAGGCAAAACACACGUGGCAGCUUGUCACAAGCACGACGUGUGCGCGGCUGCGCACGCACCGCGUGCGCGUCGCUGUCCAGCGCUGGCGCUACGAGACCGCAGACCGUCAGCACGCGCGUACACUGCGCGUCGUCACACGUCUCGCGCACAAGCGGGUUGUGAUGUCGCAGGUCUUUGCGCGGUGGCAGGCGACCGGUGGUCGUUGGCACCACGAGCGAGCGCGGGUGCGGACCCUUGUAUCGUACCUGCACCGCGCACGGCAGUCGAAACUCGAAGUGGCAUGGACUCGCUGGUCGACCGCGCUGUGGAGGCGCCAGCGCAUUGAGCAGCGACUGCAGCGCAUUCUCCGUCGGCGAGCGCAUCGCUACCUCGACCGAGCAGUUCUCGCUCUGCGCCUUCAUAGUAUCACGCAACUGCACUGCAUCGAGGCACGGCACUCGCAGCAGCAGUGGCGCUCUGGCACGACCGCGGCGAUGUGUCUUCGUUUGUGGCGCCAGCGUCAGCGCCACCGCUUGAUUCGCGGCUUUAUCACGUGGCAGCACCACAAUGCACUCGCGCGUCACGCCGAGUGGAAGAGCAUCGUGACGUCGACCACGCUGCAGCGACAACGUGGCUCCUUCAAGGCCCUUGCGCAGGGACUGUCGGCGCAGCUCGAACAAUCAACGCUCCGGCACUUCGUGCAUCGUCUUGUCGCGCGCUGGCGCGGUUGGGCAGCGACACGAGGUCGCCACCGACGGCUCUUGCACCGCGUGCGGCGGCAACGACGGACGCGCCGGCUCGAGCGGGUAAUGGCCAUCUGGCGACAGCAUGUGCGGCGACGUGCACGCUUGGCGACACUGCGACAGUCGCGAGCACGCAUGUUGUCCGAGUUUGGGUUUCGGCGAUGGACAGCGCUGGUGACGUGGCGGCGUCGCCUGCGUCAGCUCCGUGCGCGCUGGCAACGCGGGUGCCGACGUCAGUGCGUGCGCCGACUCUUUGAUGCGUGGCGACGCAUUUUUGUGGACCAUCGACAGACCUGUCGCCGGGCGGUGGCACAGUGUGCGCACAAGGCAGCGUUCGCGAUGCGUCGGGCCGCGUGGGGCCAAUGGCGGUGCGCACAGCUAUGCCUCUGUGACCACGAGGCGACACUACGUCGCACACUGGUUCGAGUCUGGACGAAAUGGCACCAGUAUGUGCUGCGCGCGCGGCAGAUGCAAAGGCAGCUGCGCCGGUGCCUACGAGGCGCGCUACAAGCCGCGUAUCGCUGUGCGUGGCAGACGUGGCAGAUACACACGGCCGUCUCGCGGCAUCUCGCACGGACCGCAAAGCCAGUGGCCGAGGCGGCUGCGAUUGUGACUACGGUGGAGCUAUCGACGCCACUUGAAUGUGAACGGAGCGACUGCGCGACGCACACGGACGUGUACGAGACAGAGAGCGCCGUGGCGCUGAAGGAGCUUCAAGCCGCCCAUGCAGCGCUCUUGACGGUCUAUGAGCAGCGCCAGCAAGACGCCGGUGAGUAUCUGAGGGAGCGCGCGGUAUGGCGCCGCCAACUCGAUGACGUCUUAAGCGAGAAGACGCAAUUGAUCCGAGUCCUCGACGAGUGCAAGGCACGACUCGUGACGGCCAAGCAUCUCGCCCACGACAACCGCGCGCUGCGGGCUCUUGUCGCCGACUCAAGCGCCCAGCGACAGCAGAUCGCGCAGCUCACAGGACGAUGCGCCCUUGGCGAACGUAUGCUCCAGCGACUCGAACUCGAACUCACCAACGAACGGUCCGAGCGCGCUCGCGAACUGGAUGCGCACCAUGCACACACAACCGAGCUCACGUUGCAACUGGCCACGGUGCGCGAACACUGCACGCACCUUGAAGACAUGGAACGCUACAACAUCAAGCUCCAACACAAGCUCGCGCUGCAGGAAGACCGCUGGCAGCGCGCCAAGCUCGCGAGCUUUGAAGCGACGUUGCAGCGCAUGGACGCGACGACCAAACCCGAGCCCUAAGCUCCCCUACCCUCCUUCGACAAAAAUCGGCAAAAUUACCAAACUAUAUGCAUACUAUCUUUGUCCAG